GGUGAUGGGUUGUGCACAACAAGACACCCAUGCAGCCAAGAAGAUAGUGUCCCGUGCGGGUGGCUGAGGCAGGGCUGGUGAUGCUCACAUCACCAUUCUUUCCCGUCCUGGGCGCAUUCAUCCAUCCAUUGUCCCAGGGAACCCCCUUAGUGGCGCCCAAAGCGCGUCUCAUUCAGCGCGACGAGCGCCGCCAAGAUGAGCCCAUGCGGUGCGAGUCUGCAGACGAGCAGACGAUCCGAGAAGAGCAUGCGCUGAGAGUAGGUUACGAUAGCGACGAGCGCGGGGAAAUGGACGCAGGUGAAGAGUAAGGACGGGGCGUCUCGUUCGGGAUGGGCCCAGUCG